GCUGCUUUAGCGCAUGCGUCUCAUUUUACGCCGCUCAUUGGCCGAGAAAAGCCACGCGUCCCGGAGGGAAGGGAGCUCAACCCACGUGCGCGAGAAAGGAAGGCGCGAGCUGAGUGGCGCCUGCUGGGAUGCAGUGUCUCAUCUGUAAGAGGACCUGCCAUUCCAUUAUCAUCAUGUUGUCCUAGAUGCCAAAUCCAAGUGUUUACCUAAUUGGCAUUAUCUAUGUGUGUGUUGAUCUCCUUAAAGAAUUCUGAAAAGAUUGUGAAAUGACUGACAGUGUUACCACAUUUAAUAUUGACGCCCCUCGCUGGGAGCAGAACACCUUCAUAGGACGCCUAAAGCACUUUUUCAACAUCACAGAUCCUAGGACUCUACUGGUGUCGGAACAUGAACUGGAUUCAGCAAAAGCAUUGGUGGAAAGCUGCAGGGCAGGCACAGUGCCUCCAGGAACCAGCGAGGAGCAACUUUUCUAUGCCAAGAAGCUUUAUGACUCCGCUUUCCAUCCUGAUUCAGGGGAAAAGAUGAAUUUAAUAGGGAGAAUGUCAUUUCAAGUCCCUGGGGGAAUGGCUAUCACUGGUGGCAUGCUGCAGUUUUAUAGGACAGUCCCAGCUGUAGUUUUCUGGCAAUGGGUGAAUCAGUCUUUUAAUGCUUGUGUGAACUACACGAACAGGAAUGCUGCCAGCCCCAUCACUGUCAAGCAAAUUGGAGUGGCUUAUUUCACUGCUACCACCACUGCCUUGGCAACUGCCGUGGGACUCAACCUUUACACCAAGAGAGCACCGACCCUUGUGGCACGUUGGGUCCCUUUUGCUGCAGUGGCUGCUGCCAAUUGCGUGAAUAUCCCCUUGAUGAGGCAGCAGGAACUCAUUAAUGGAGUCACAGUGACAGAUGAGAAUGACAACGUUUUGGGCACAUCCAGGAGAUCUGCAAUCAAGGGCAUAACUCAAGUGGUGAUUUCCCGAAUUGCCAUAGCCGCUCCUGGCAUGAUUGUGUUGCCUAUCAUCAUGGAGAGACUAGAAAAAUAUCCUUUCAUAAAGAAAAUACAUGUUCUCCAUGCUCCAUUGCAAACAAUACUUGUUGGAGGAUUUCUCGUAUUCAUGGUCCCAAUUGGUUGUGCACUUUUCCCCCAAAGGAGCAAAAUUGCCGUUUCGCAUCUGGAGCCCGACCUGAGAGACUCAAUUGUGGCCAAACAUGGGGACAAAGUGUCUUACGCCUAUUUUAACAAGGGCUUAUAAGUGAGAACAAUCAGAACCCGUUGCGUCAUCCCAUCUUGGAAUCCUUUUUCCCUGGAGAAGCACCUGAGCAGUUGCGGCCAGGAAAUAAGCUCAAAAUACUGCAGAAAAAUAAUCACUACCUCUCUCCUUAUGCUCCCAAUGUUUAGGGAUGGGUUGUGUAGAUGGGCACUCUUGAGCUCUGUAAGGUUUAGCUUUUGCAUAAACCUCUUGUCAUGUAUUCCUGUGCCAGGAAAUGGAUCUGGUCUUCAGUUUAAAGUUAUCAAUCACUUCUGCCUCUUGGCAAAGGAAGUAGAGUUUUCUAUUGCCACUAGUGAUCAGUAAUAGAACCAAACUUCACACUUGCCUUGAUCUUGUUCAACAGUGUUCUCAUAUCCCAGUGUCCAUGACUGACCCAAGAAAUAAUGUCUACAGUUCCUUUCCAGCUUCCUAAGGAGUGAAUACUAUGUGAAUACUAUGCUUACAGGAAAACAAUAUUAACUUCACAUAUUACAUGGUGUGCCCAAUGAUUUGUAAAGGAACAGACAUACUUGCCAAAUUCUGGAAUUCCAGAAGAGAAAGACAUAGAAUACAAUUACACUUUAGAAUCAAUGCAGUUUGUCACUACUUUAAUUAGUGUUAUGGAACCAUGGGAGUUGUACCUUCAUAAGAUCUUUAGCCUUCUGUGACAAAUGUGUGCCCUACCAACUACAGACCCCAUGAAUUCAUAACAAUUAACAAUGGUACUUAAAGUGAUGUUAAAUUGCAUUAAUUAAUUCAAGAAGGAUACGGACAAGCCGGAACGUUUCUACAUCCGGCUUGUCCAUAUCCUUCUUGAAUUAAUGAAGAGUGACCAAAAUAAUCCAAACUCUGGAAUGGCUUAGGGAGCUAGGUAUGUUUAGCUUGGGAAAAGAAGGCUGAGAAGGAAUAUGAUAGCCAUCUUUAAAUAGCUGAAAGAAGAGGAUGCGUUUGUUCUCUGCUGUUCUGAGACUAGGACAUGGAACAAUGGAUUUGAAUUGCAGGAAAAGAGAUUUCAGUAAACCAUUAGUAAGAACUUUCUGAUGAUAAGAGUUGUUUGGCAGCAGAAUACGUUGCCUUGGAGCAGGGUGGAAUCUCAUUCUCUGGAGGUUAUCAAGCAGAGGAUGGAUGGCCAUCGAGGAGUGUUUUGAUUAUGUAUUCCUGCAUGGUACGGGAUUAGACUGGAUGACCUUUGUGGUCUCUUCCGAUUCUAUGAUUCUACCAUUUAGAUCCAUACUUAGAUUGCAGUCCUAUACAAUUUUAGCUAAGAGAAAAAUCUGUUGGACUCUUUAGGGUUUACUUCUGAGUAAACAUGAUUAGACUUUCCCUGUUCAGCCCUGACUAUGAAAUAUCCUAUACUUGAUUUAUCCAUUAUUUCUAACUGUGUGCUAACGACCAAUAUGUUAGGAUUUCUUAAGUGGAUUAAGAUACUGUUUUCUUUUGUCUGAAGCACAUUGUAGGCCAGUGUAUGGAACAGAUGCUGGAUAUGAUCAGCUUGUGUUCCAAUUUAUCACUGCUGUUUUAAGGUGUUAGUUUUCUGCAAUGCUUGAAAGAGCAACUCUUCUUUGAUGGCAACUUUCAGAACGCUACAUGCUAAUGCUGGAUGUCGGAUUUCCAGACAUAUAUUCAUCCCUCCAAAAAGUUGUUGUCAAAGGUUUUCAUGGUCAGAAUCACAGAGUGUGUUUUCCGGGCUGUAUGACCAUGUUCCAGAAGUAUUCUUUCCUGAUGUUUUACCCACAUCUAUGGCAGGCAUCCUCAACCUCUCAGGAAUGCCUGCCAUAGAUGUGGGUGAAACGUCAGGGAAGAAUACUUCUGGAACAUGGCCAUACAGUCUGGAAAAAACACAACAACCCUCAAAAAAGUUUUUUCGAAGCUUGGCUUUUACAACAUCCCAAUCAAGGACAAGCUGUAAAGCGGUUUUGUUUCUUGCUAUGCAAUCUUCCUCUAUACUCUCCAACACAUUCAUCACAUCCCACCCCCCACACUUUGCCUUUCUGACUUCUAUGCAACUCUGAGACUUCCACUCAGGUGCUAUAUAUUUGCCUUGUCUCUCUUAAGACUGUCUUUGCCAAAUUCCCACCUCCUCAUGUGUUUUAAUCAAUCUUGGAUAUGGAAACAUCAAAUAGAUGUGAAACUUGAGAGUUUACUCCAAUUUUCACAUUGAGUGACAUAGUCUAAAUUUCUGAACUUGUAUUAAUGUUAUGUUGAUUUGCUUCAUUACUUUCAAAAGAUACAGCUUCCUCUAAUGAUCAUUCAACAAAUGCAUAAAGUAACUAUCCUAGAUUGAGAUCCUAUUGGUUGCCUUAACUACCCUGGUGUAAUAGAGGGCACAACAAGAAGUAUAUGUAGGCUACAGGUUUUCUCAAAGUGGGUCUUCGAAGCUGUAAGCACUCCAGGAAGGCCUGAGAAAAUCGUCUGUCUCAUACAGUGUUUAAAAUUUUGAAGACCUUACUGGAAGCCAGAAAUUUAGGAAACAUGAUGUUCAAGACCCAGACGUUUUCUCUAGGCGGCAAUGGAUUUGCAUCUGUGCUGGUGUAAUGAAAUGUUAUCAACACCAUACUAAACCAAUUUGAUACCAACUUUAUCACACUAAACUGGUAUAUUCCCCUUUAGCUGCUAUAACAACUUCCUGUGAAAUUUGUAAUUUAGUGAGCUUGAAAAUAAUAAAUUCCCUUCAAUCUUCUGACCAUUGUGAGGAAUUAUGGAAGUGAUUGUUUAUCAAUAUAUAGAGAGCCACAGAUUCCCCAGUCCUUCUGUCAGCAACAGCUACAACAUGUCUUGGGACAAACAGAACAAAUGAAGACAAAUCAGUCUUGGAAAUGGGAAGAGAUUAUUGUUUCUUUUUCCAUUUCAUUCCAAGUUCCAUGGCAUGAUAUGCAUUUUCUCUGUAUAGAAGAAGCUAGAGAAGGAGACAGUAGAGGGAUCUUUUUUCCUUCUCCCUGGAAAGUCGGGAUCUUAACUUCCAACUGUACCUUGAAUUCACCAGAUGACCUUAGACAAUCCAUUAUUUUCUAUGCCUUAUUGUCCCCUCCAUUUGCAUCAUGGACAUAACAGCCUACCUCACAAAUCUGUUGCUGUGUUUGCUGGUAAAAUUAAAUGUGGGAUGAUUCUACAUUAGAAGUACGGUAUGCUCAUGUAAAAUAUUGCCUGUAUAUUAUCAGUUUCUUACAUAUAUACGGGAGAUUGAAUGCUUAAAGGGUGGGCGAGAAAAGAGAAACUGCACAUAACUAGAUUAUGCUAGCCUUUUUCCUUAAAGGUUGCAAAGGUGCUCAUUUGGUACACAUAGACUACUUAUGGUGAGAAUCUGUCUUGCUGGUACAUAUUUUUGGCCUCAAUUUCAUUGAAGCCUCUGCUUUGCUUUAGACUGAAGUUGUGGGAAUUGACUACAGAAACCUAGUGAAUUGCCUCUGCUGGUGCAGUGGGUUAAACCCUUGUGCUGGCAUGACUUCUGACCUGAAGGUUGGGUUGCUGAUCUGAAGGUUUCCAGUUCAAAUUCGGGGACAGCGUGGAUGAGCUCCCUCUGUCAGCUUCAGCUCCCUAUGCAGGGACAUGAGAGAAGCCUUCCACAAGGAUGGUAAAACAUCAAAAACAUCCAGGCGUCCCCUGGGCAACAUCCUUGCAGAUGGCCAAUUCUCUCACACCAGAAGUGACUUGCAGUUCUGACACACACACACACAAAACCCUAGUGAGUUUUUCAAUCUCCUUUUUUAGUAAGGAUCUAUCCGUUAAUUUUGUCAGCAAACUCCAUGCAUAUGAUUGCUGUUCUUUUUCUUGGUGCUAGUUAAAGUCAUUUGCAUUGGACAGCAAAUACUUGAAGAUAUUUCAGUCUUAAUCACUUUCACAGUUAGCCAGGAUGAUACAGUGCCCAAUGUUGCUGAUCUGAAAAGGAAAGCUAAUGAUAUUAAGUCUACCUGCAUUGAACUCAGUUAAAUGUUCAUAAUGAAGACAAAAUAAAACACUGAUUUUAUGAA